AUGGGGCUGAACCUGGGAGGCAGGUUCGGACCUUCGGUGCCACCGGCUGGAGCGGGCGACGGGGGAGGAGCUUAUGAGGGGGUCGCUGCCUCUCUUGUGAGCGGAGACCCGUGGAACCCGACCAAGGACGUGGACUCGGAGAAUCAUCCAGGAGUGUUGAAUUUUCGAAUACAACUGGAAAGCAAAGAACUGAUCAUAAAUCUGGAAAGAAAUGAAGGUCUCAUUGCUAGCAGUUUCACGGAAACCCACUACCUGCAAGAUGGCACUGACGUCUCCCUCAUUCGCAAUUACACAGGCCAUUGUUACUACCACGGACGUGUGCAAGGAUAUCCUGGUUCGACGGUCAGUGUCAGCACCUGUUCUGGUCUCAGGGGACUUAUUACCUUUGAAAAUAACACCUAUAUUUUGGAGCCAAUGAAAAAUGCAACCAACAGAUACAAACUCUUCCCCGUGGAGAACCUGCAGGGCGCCUGGGGAUCGUGCGGCUCCCACCCCAACGUGUCCGGCCUCGCCGCGCACAGCAGGCUCCUGUCGCCCUCCCGGACGCGGACAAGGAGGCAUAAAAGAGAGACCCUCAAGAUGACCAAGUAUGUAGAGCUGGUUAUCGUAGCAGACAACCGAGAGUUUCAGAGGCAAGGAAAAGAUCUGGAAAAAGUUAAGCAGCGAUUAAUAGAGAUCGCUAAUCACGUUGACAAGUUUUACAGACCACUGAACAUUCGAAUCGUGUUGGUCGGUGUGGAAGUGUGGAAUGACAUUGACAAAUGCUCUGUAAGUCAGGACCCAUUCACGAGCCUCCACGAGUUUCUGGACUGGAGAAAGAUGAAGCUUCUACCUCGCAAGUCCCAUGACAAUGCACAGCUUAUCAGUGGAGUCUAUUUCCAGGGGACCACCAUCGGCAUGGCACCCAUCAUGAGCAUGUGCACCGCGGAACAGUCAGGAGGAAUCGUCAUGGACCAUUCAGACAGUCCCCUGGGCGCGGCCGUGACCCUGGCGCACGAGCUGGGCCACAAUUUCGGCAUGAACCACGACACGCUGGAGAGGGGCUGUAGCUGCAAAACGGCUGCCGACAAAGGAGGCUGCAUCAUGAACCCUUCAACCGGGUACCCGUUCCCCGUGCUGUUCAGCAGCUGCAGCAGGAGGGACCUGGAGGCCAGCCUGGAGAAGGGCGUGGGCAUGUGCCUCUUUAACCUGCCGGAAGUGAAGCAGGCUUUCGGGGGCCGGAAGUGCGGGAACGGAUACGUGGAAGAAGGAGAGGAGUGUGACUGCGGGGAGCCGGAGGAGUGUCUGAAUUCCUGCUGCAACGCCACCACCUGCACGCUGAAGCCAGACGCCGUCUGCGCGCACGGGCUGUGCUGCGACGCCUGCCAGCUGAAACCUGCGGGAACAGCCUGCAGGGAGCCCAGCAACUCCUGCGACCUCCCGGAGUUCUGCACGGGGGCCAGUCCUCACUGCCCGGCCAACGUGUAUCUGCACGACGGGCACCCGUGUCAGGGGGUGGACGGCUACUGCUACAACGGCAUCUGCCAGACCCACGAGCAGCAGUGCGUCACCCUCUGGGGACCAGGUGCUAAACCUGCCCCUGGGAUCUGCUUUGAGAGAGUCAACUCUGCAGGUGACCCUUAUGGCAACUGUGGCAAAAACUCCAAGAGUUCCUUUGCCAAGUGCGAGCUGAGAGAUGCUAAAUGUGGAAAAAUCCAGUGUCAAGGAGGUGCCAGCAGGCCAGUCAUUGGUACCAAUGCCGUUUCCAUAGAGACGAAUAUCCCGCUGCAGGAAGGCGGUCGGAUUCUGUGCCGUGGGACCCACGUGUAUUUGGGCGAUGACAUGCCGGACCCUGGGCUCGUGCUUGCCGGCACAAAGUGUGCGGAUGGAAAAAUCUGCCUCAACCGCCGCUGUCAGAACGUCAGCGUCUUCGGGGUCCACGAGUGCGCGGUGCAGUGCCACAGCCGAGGGGUGUGUAACAACAGGAAGAACUGCCACUGCGAGGCCCACUGGGCACCUCCCUUCUGUGACAAGUUUGGCUUUGGAGGAAGCACAGACAGCGGCCCCGUCCGGCAAGCAGAUAACCAAGGUUUAACUAUAGGAAUUCUGGUGACCAUCCUCUGUCUUCUUGCUGCUGGAUUUGUGGUUUAUCUCAAAAGGAAGACGUUGAUACAACUGCUAUUUACAGAUAAAAAAACCACCAUCGAAAAGCUAAGGUGUGCGCGCCCUCCCCGGCCAUCCAGCGGCCCCCAGCCCGGGCAGGCUCGCCUCGCCCACCUCAGCAAAGGCCUGCCGACGAAACCGCCACCCUCCAGCACGUCGAAGGACACCACCAGGAGAUCGCCGCAGUGUCCGAGCGUGGACGUCAGCAGACCCCUCAAAGCCCUGGACGUUCCUCAGCCCAGUUCCCCUCAGCGGGUGCUCCCGCCCCUGCACCAGGCUCCUCCUGUGCCCUGCGUCCCCGCCAGACCCCUGCCGGCCAACCCUGCGCUCAGACAGGCCCAGGGAACUCGUAAGCCAAACCCUCCCCAGAAGCCUCUGCCUGCAGACCCUUUGAGCAAGACGACCCGGCUGAGUGGUGCCUCUGCCCGGCCCCUGGGCCAGCGGGAGUCCGGGCUCCGCCUGGCGCCCAUCAGACCGGCUCCCAAGCAGCCGCCUCAAGUGCCCAGACCGCCCCCACAUCGCCUAUGCUGAGUGAGAAGCAAGCCGACACCUUUUCUCAACAGUGAAGACAAGUUUGCACUACCCUUCAGCUCCAGUUGGAGUUCUUUUUUGUACCAACUUUUAGAAUGUUUUUUAAUGUUUCAAACACCACGAUCUGAAGAACUCUGAGCUACUGCCGUCGGUGCUGUGCUGUGCUAAGGUGCUCUGUACUUCCUCAGGUACUGUAAAUUAUUAAUUUAUGCAGAAUGCUCGUUGCAGCGCGGUGCGCUGGACGGGGCGUUUUUACCAUCACUGAGUUUUCCAUGGAAGGAAGGCUUGUUGUGCUUUUAAUAGUUUAGUGAACUUGAAAUAUCGUGCUUUAUGGGAUUCCAGACAGGAUGUUUACUUUUUGAUGGAGGCUUUACUGGAGACCAGAUCCCCAGCGACCCAUGGCUGUGGUGAUGGUGCCCGACACAGCUCAAGAGACCCCAGGUAGAACCUUGAGUGAUUUCCUGGAACCCCUGAUCCCAGGUCACAGCCUGGCUCCUGGUCCCGGCUGUGCCUGGCUUUCAGGGAUAACCUGGGCCCUGUCACAGCAGACGGGCUGGCCCACCAUGCCUACCCCCUUGAAGCUCCAGGAGAGCCGGGAAGGAGGCUUCUGGCCAGGAAGUUUUGGAGAGAACCUGGGUUGCAGAAAGGAAUUUUGAGGUGUGGCCACACCAGCACAGACAGAGACCAAACAUGAGGCCAGGUAGAAACUUGACCUUGAGCUCACAAGCCGAGAGCACUUUGGGAGAGCAGGCAGCAAAGUCUGCUCUACAGAAACACCAAGAACGCCUUUUUCUGGCUACCCUCUGCAGAGCGCUGGCAUCAGCACCUCAUUUCAGUCGGGAAAGGGGCUGUUUCUACAGGAAAGCUACUGCCCAGGCGCUGCAGACUCCAUCUCCCUGGACUGUUUGGAGCUAAACAAAUUACCACUUUGUCUUCUUGACUCUAAUACAAUGAUUCUGUGUUCAGACAGACAGAUGAGGCUUUCCACGGGACCAUAACUACUUUCAGAUGUGAACCAGUAACCAGAUCUAGUGAAUCAAAUCCAUAGAUAAAAAUCUCCUUCUAUUGCAAGGCUCAGCCUAUUCAAAAUUCGGCAGAAUCCCUAUGCUUGCAGAAACUACAACCAAAAGCAAUGCUGUGUUCCUUGGGGUAGGUUAUGCCUGCUCUCCUUGCCAGCACAGGUGGGAUGAAGAACCAUUAAGUUACUAGUGAGUUCUCUUUGGGCCAUCCUAUUUUGCCAGCUGGGCUGCAGGAACCUUUAAAAGAUGUUUUUAGCAGAAAGUUUGAAUCUAUUUUUUAAGUACUGACAGCCUACCUGUUACUCGAAUAUCAUAGAUUGUGAUGAGGAAAUCCAAUUCCUCAUCCUACAUAUUCAUGAAAUGCAGCCCCUUCAGCUUUCCCUCUUCAAAUGCCUGACUGGGGAGCCGUUUUCACAAGGAGAUCGUGGCGAUGCCUGGACCUAAUGGUGUGAGAUUUACAAAACUACUCAGACGAGGUAAAAUGCCUUUGUGCCUCUGUCUUCUAGUGGGGCCAGACGUGACUAGUUUUCACAUUAGAAGGCAACUGACAGCAGUUCCAUAAUUCACUCUGUUUUAUGAUAGAGUCUUCAUCUGGGGUCAUUUCAAUGGCUUUUCUAUGCCUUGAAGCAGAAAGACAAAACGUACCGAGAACCUUGGUUUGCCUUCCAGAAAGCAGGAGUGCAUCUAACUCUCCCCGUGUUCCGUCUCUAGGUAACACAGCAUUCAUGGCUGCGGAGAAACUAAGUAAAGCCAUGUCACAAACACACAGGAAAGGGAACCCAGCUCUGAAACAUUCCAGCUCUUACAGCACGCAGCUGUUCAUUACACAGUGAUCAAUCUCUUAAAACGACAAAGCCAUGUUAGGAAAUGUUACUGCUGAUGAGCAUGUACAGAAUUACUGUAACUGGGAUAAUUUUGGUAAUGGUAUUAAGGCCAAAACAGCUUGAAAAGUUUACAGAAUUUUUAUGGUGCAUCAUGUGGGUGUUACCUUUGUGGAUACCCAAGCCUUAGAUCUGGCGUUUUAGUCCCUUCUCCCAGUGCAAGUAAGAGGAUGUGAACUUUUUUUUUUUUGUCUGUCCUUAACUACAAUUCCUGUGUUUCCAUUUCAGAGAACCAGGAAUAGUUUGAUAUUAAAGGAGGUUAACACUGUGAUCUUACACCAUGUCAUCAGCUGGCCACUGAGGGGCCACGGCAGAUGACACAUUCUUCUCUCUAGAGUGCUAAUUGCUUUUAUAGAGCCAUGCAAUUUAUUUCUGGACAAGAACAUAUUUCAAACUAGUAUCUCCUUGCAAUACCCAGAUAAUAUUAUUAAAGGGGCAAUACUUCCAAGUGCAGAAUUUAGCAAGUGAAGCGUAUUUAGCCGUAACUUUCACUGUAAGAUAACUUAGGAAGGGAACCAAUAGCCAGGUUGUUGGGGGAGGGGGGUAGUCCUCCCCCUUUUAAUAUCCUCAGAGAUGAUGGAAACAAAACUCAAUAGUUGUAUUUCAAUGGCAGUCUAUUUUUCAUAUUUUUAAAAAUCGUAUAGGCUGAAUAACAGAGUUGAGGUGGGGUGAGAAGGGCCUCCCUCGCUCAGAGUGGGCUCUGAGGGUGGUACCCCUUCUGUGCCUCCGUCUUGUGGGAGCUGUAGGUUACAUGACCCCACUUUAUUGAGAAGUUUAUCUCCCGAAGUUUUGUGUCAGUUUGUUUUCCCGACACGUGGGAUCGGAUGGGUAGCAACCAAGAGGAACAAUGCAUAACAUUUUCCAUUGUCAGAAUGUGCACUCGGAGACUCUGCGUCCCAGUGUGAGUUUUUCCAGCCUACACAUGUGGGAUGACAUCACAGAAACCACAACAGCAACGAAUUAAACUACAUGAGAAUAAAUACCCCUGACUAGUCUCAAAGGGGACAUCUUUAUGCCUUCUUAACUUUAUUAGGAAUUCUCAGGCUGAAACCAGAGGCCAUUGUUCUCUGGCAAAUCAAUGCAACACAUCAGGGUAGCCCCGCAAAGAAAAUCAGGAAGAACUCUGCUCUGUGUCAGACUGUUCUCAGGAGCCUGUCAUCCCUGGUGGUGCUAAAAAAGAGCCUGUGCCGGGCCAGCUCGAGCGUCUCCCCGCCAUCUCUCCACUGCUGUUUACUAAGCAUCUGAGCCACUGAGACCCCGAAAACCAACCAGGAGGGCCGGGCACCUGGCAGCCGCCUGCCCCCUUCGCCGGCUUUCCUCGUCCGGGAAGCUUACAUCACUUACCACUUUCGCUCCCAAGAGCGCCCCUGGGUGUUUGGGGAGCGGGAAGCCUGGGGCAGGCUCAGCCUGGGGCCCCGUCCUCAAGGCUGUCAAAAUGACCCCAGCCCCACACGAGUAACCGGGAGAAACAUUCCACCCAGGGGUCUCCCAGGGCCGGGACUGACCCCCAGACGUGACCCCCGGGCUGGGGCCGGCCGGUGGGGCACGUGGCAGGGGCGUCCUUUCUCCCCGCCACUUGCACAGGGCCAGCCCGAGGCUGCACCGCGACUCCCCACGGCUCACAAUGAGGCCGCAAACACAUCUGGACCCAGGCAGCCUGGGCCACUGCACCUCUGUGCCUCUCCGGCGUCUCCUCAUCCCCCAGUGCUGACGGCUGCAGGUGCAGCUGCCCCCCUCCCCAGGCCCACCCCCGGGACACCCAAAGCCCUUCUCCAGAGCUGCAGCACAGAGCGACCCCACCCACUCCCCCACCAGCCUGGAGUCCAGAAAAAUCCCUUCUGCAAGCACUUCCCACCUAAAGACUUAGUCUAAUUAUUAACUAAUAAUUAAUACUUCUAAUUAUUCUAAUUAGAAGGGGGUGGCCACAGGCAAUCAGGUUACCUAUGAUUCGAAAAGUCUCUCGACGCACUCUCCAGUCCUACAGACAGCGGUUUCUUUUAAACCUAUUUGGAAACCCAGAUAGUGAUACCAGUAACAAACGCUCAGCCAGGUUCACGCGCCCCAGGCUGAGAAUCAUUUCUGUGCAGUGAGGCUUCCCGAAGCCGUUUACCUGCGCGUGAACGGACUUUCCCGGCCUUUCAUAAAGAAAACCCCCUCUUUACUUUUGAGACAUUCGUGGCAGCUUGUAGUCCAGCCAUUGAAAGCCUGUUUCAUAUGAGAAAAACAAGAAGAAACACCACAUACAAAAUUGUUAAAAUGUUCAGUAAUGGGUCCUGGUGGCCAGAUUUCACACACAGCUAAAGGAAUUCCCGGCGGGAUUCGGCCCUUCCAGGUUCCAAUCCUCUGUAACCAACCCUGAUUUUCCACAUCAUCUUCAGAACACGUGUCUUGUGUUCGCUCUGUGAUUCUCCUUCCAUAAGAUAACUUUUUAGUCCUCAACGUAGCACAUUUUAAAUCCAGACAAAAGAGUAAGUAUCACGUGAUGGUUUGAGUUUUAUGAAGACGACAAAUGAUGUCUCUGUUCAUGGCCUAUAAGCAAGUACUUAAGUAGGAUAGUGAUAGAAAAAAAUACAUCCAACUAGAAAGAGAAACUCCUCUGAGUGCAGGGCAGGACCAGUGUUAGUUGCAAAGCUCGUUUCCCUCCUGCCCCUCCGUCAGGUCAGAUUGGGAGGUCGUAGGAGGGUCCGCGGUUGGAGUGUGUGGCACAGAAAGUAUCACUCUUUAAAACUUGGCUGCAGCCUAUCCAGCACAGUACAAAGUCACAGCUACUAAACCAGUACAUUGUUUUUAUAGUGCUUCGUCCAUGUAUAACGCUUUGGUUUGCUAAGGUUUCCUCUCAUACCUUCUUAUGUUACAGUCUGUUACUUUUGUACAAGUUUCUCCUGUUGGGAGUCCACAGGUAACACAACCUGCUAUUGUCAUAGGAAAAGUCAUUGUUACAGAUAUUAUAGCCAAUAAAUGGUAUCCAGGUAAAUAUCAA